AUGUACCCAGAGACUCCAGAACCUGCCGGGCCCUGCUCGCCCUCUCCCCGGGGCUCCCAGCGGCUCUGGAGGUGCCUGCGGGGCUGGGUCCUCGGAACUGCUCCUCCGCAUCAGAGCAGAGCGAGUCCUCGCGCCCACCCAGGGCUUCCGGCUGAGGGCGUCACCCCAAACCCGAGCCCAGGGGCAGGGAGCGCGGCCCGAGGUCAGCGGGCGUCCAGCGGGGUGCAGGCUGCGGGCGCGGAGACCCGCUGCUCCCGCUGGGCCUCCCGGGCGUGUCCGUGCGGGGAGGCUGCGCGCAGACCCGGAGGGAACCUCGCAGGGGCCCCGGCCGUUUCUGCUCCGCGGGGCCGGGGGCCCGCAGGUCCCGGAAGGUCUGGCCCGGCCUCGGAGCGGCUCCCGGCGGUGCUCGGAGGCCCGGGAGGCCCCGGCAGGACUCCGCGGGGAGGCGCGCGCCCCAGCCCCGGGCGGUCACGUGCCGGGAGGCCCGGCCCCGCGCCCAGGCCGGGCCGCGCGUCACUUCCGCCCGGGGCCGGAAACCAAAGAUGGCUGCGCUCCCUGUUGAGACCUGUUGGCCGUUAUUGCCUCCAUGGCCACCUCAGUCCUCGGCUCUGUAUCAGAAAUGCUGUUCCUUUGGGAACCUCAGCCAAGGAAGAGAUGGAGAGAUUCUGGAGUAAGAAUGCUGGUUCAAACCGCCCUCUGUCUCCUCAUAUCACUAUCUACAGUUGGUCUCUUCCCAUGGCGAUGUCCAUUGGCCACCGCGGCACUGGUGUUGCCUUGAGUGCAGGGGUCUCUCUUUUUGGCUUGUCGGCCCUGUUGCUCCCUGGGAACUUUGAGUCUCAUCUGGAACUGGUGAAGUCCUUGAGUCUGGGGCCGGUGCUGAUCCAUUCAGCCAAGUUUGCGCUCGCCUUCCCUCUCAUGUAUCACACCUGGAACGGGAUCCGACACUUGAUGUGGGACCUGGGAAAAGGCCUGAAGAUCCCGCAGCUGUACCAGUCCGGGGUGGCUGUCCUGCUCCUCAGCGUGCUGUCCUCGGUGGGGCUGGCCGCCAUGUGAAGAGCUCCGCCCCAGCUCCUCCUCCCCCAGAUGAUUAGUUCCCUGAUUUCCUCAGCUCUCGCCUGUUCAGACCUGCGUGCUUGCACUGUCCCUGGAGCUCAGCUGUGAGAAGGGUCCCAGGGCCCCCUUGUUUCUAGAUGGGGUGCUGCAGCAGCUCCCUCUUCCUGCCCCCGCUUGCAGCCUGCUCGGGGCCUAGGAGCCCUUAUUCUCUCCAUAUCGGGCCUUGAUUUGUGCUGAGGGUCAGCUCUUGGCUCCUCUUCCUGAGACGGUGGAAACAAAGCCAGCUCUGUGGCCUCUCCCAUGCCGACUGGGAGUGGGGCUUUGGGUGCCACUGCCUGUGGGUUGUGGCUUCAAGGACAGUUCUGUUCACUGGUCAGACCCAGGGUCCUUAGCCCCCACAUGGUGGGGGUUAGCCUGUUCGGCCAGAGGGAGAGAGAGAGGGUGAGUUGGCUUUUGAAGCAGGUGCUUUGGGGAGAAGAUACAUAGAUUUUGAUACAAGAGAAAAAUCCAGAAAAGUAUUGCUGAACCUGCUAAGGGUUAUUUCUUUUCCUUGCAAUUCCAGAAAAACAAGCUUCUAAUUGUCAUGUUUUCUAAUCGACAUUCAUGUGACAUCUUUUUCUGAAAUUAAUUAAAAUACUAAUUUUGUCUUUGA